CCCAUUUAUUUAUCAGCCAUUUAUGAGCUUGGUUCUUUAUUCAUUGUACAGAUGUAUGUAUCGCUCGUAUAUAAAUGUUAAAUAAGUUUAUAAUUAUAUAAACAUAGGUGGAGGGGUUGCUCUACCUGCCAACUGCCACGUGUGCAAGAAUUUAAGGUGGUGGAGUCGCUCUCCAGUCUUUUAACUAAACCGAACCCACCAAGCACGCCCAAUUCUGCACCUCACAGUUGGGUCAGCUCAACCAUCAUUGUUUCCAAUAUACCCCUCUCGCCAUCUCGCCUUAUGGCGCUCCACCAAUAAUUAAGUAGUUUCACCGCGCCCAUCCUCUCUGUUUAUAUUCUUUCAUGCCCAUUAACCCCUCAACCUCCUAAUCCCAUAAUGGCUCUCUCGCUCUCUCCUUUCUUCCGUUUUCGUCUCGGCCUCACUACUUCAUGGCCUCUUCUAAUCUUCGCUGCGACUUGGACGAUGCUUCUGACCUUCACGGUGGCCGUGGCCUCGUUCUCGCCGGAGGCGGCUUUCGUUUUGGCCAUCUCGCCCUCUUCUUCCUUCUCCAAGAAGUGCAAGACUGAGUCUUUCAUUAGAGUGCCCUUGGAUGUUCCGGGAGACAUCCUGUGUUUCCCGCCUCAGCUGUUCACCAAGUCCAAGAUUGAUCUGAUUGUCCCGCCUGUGUUUGCGGCCGUGAUUGUCGCUGCUUCUGCUUGUUUUGUUCGGGCCGUGGGGUUGUGGGAGGAUGGUCAAACUUUAACCCCCUGAGUUGGGGACCAAUUGAGUAUUCGUUUAGAAUUAUAUUAGGUUUAAGAUUCAGGUGCGGUACAUAUACAUAGUUGUAAUCGAGUUUUUCAACGAACACUAAACUGCAAAAUUUUCACCCAUUGGACUUUUAAUUACUAAAAUAAAAUACCAGAUUGAUCUGAGUGUCCCGUGUUUCCAGGGGUAAUUUGCUACCA